UGUAGGUUCGCUCACUCACACAGCGCUCACACUCAUUCAGGAGCGGUCCAGAGCACCAGAUGGAGCGGAGAACGGGCAUUCACUGGUGAGAACGGGCAUUCACUGGUUGUCAGCGUGCAUCAUCACCUGCCUUGUCACCUCUGUCGAUUGUUCCCCUCUCUCGCGCUUCCCUGGGUACGCCUGGUCGGAAGUGGGGCGCCAGGCCGUCCUGCCCUGUUCGUGUCGGACGUAUGUGUCGCCCACGGCCCAGGCGCCGUACAUCCUGUGGCAGACCGUCUCCCACACGGUGUUCGAGCGCAUGGGAAAGGACUCGGUGCAGGGUGAGUCCUACGAGAACCGCGCGGAUGUCCCCAUGGAGAUGCUGGCGGAAGGAAACUGCUCAUUGAUCUUGUCAGAUGUCCGAUUCCGCGACGCGGGGAUCUACGAGAGCUAUCUGGUGGUCGGCCAGUCGAGAGUCAAAAACCAAAUUUUAAUCCACAGCGUGCGGCUCGCGGUAGUAGACCAUAAGCACAUACAGUCAGUGGAGAGUGGAAAGGACCUGAUCCUGGACCUGUACACAAACCAGGCCAAGAUGUUGGUGUUCCAGCAAGAGGGCACUCCCGAGUGGCGCGUGCUGUGGCAGCGUGGGCAGGACAGUGGCGGUGAACGUUGGGUGGAGGAGCGCGGCAGGAAGCUGGUUGUCCGGGAGGUUGUGACCAGCAACAGUGGAACGUACAGGGUGGUGGACGAGGAGGGGCUGACGCUGAGCACCGUGAAGGUAUCCGUCACAGGAUCUGUGGCAACAACAGGGUCAGAAGUCAAGGAGAAGCAGAUCUCUUUAGACUCAGGCAAGGUGGAUGCUCCUUCACUCUGCCUCACAGUUGUCCUGUUCCUCUCAUCUCACGCUCUGAUCCAUCUGCCCUGAGGUGGCGCUGAUCUCUGAGACGACUGUCAACCCGGCUCCACCUAGUGCACAACGCUAUGGGUGGAGCUGCUCUGAUACUACUGGUGAAAGUCAGAAUGAGUGGAGACUUUCACCUCUAAUGACUGUGUCAGCGGAGCAGGUGGGAAGGGUCAGGCCUUAAAUGGCAGGGCCAGUGUGCCUGUCCAACAUCCGUAAGAACUGAGGAGUGUUGUGGGUCAUGCCCGGCGUUUGUCUGACCACUGCCAUCGUGUUCUUGACAGGCAUGCAACUAACUCGGGGGUGGGUGUUAGCAGCACCCCUGCCUGUGUGUUUUUUGGUUUUUAAGAUUACAUUUGAGUGAAAAUGUCAUGCAGUAUCCUGUCUGCUGUGUCGCUGUGUGGAGGUGGUGGUGAGCUGUGCUUGGUUGCUAGCUAACAUGAGUUAUUCUUCUCCAUCAUUUCCAGACCUGUAUCAGUGCCAAUAAUUUAGUCACCCAUACAGACCAGAAAACAAGGCCAAAUAAACAAGAAUGUGUAGCCUCUCUAUAGAAAUGUGUUCAAAUUUGAUCAUUUAAAACUUUUCUUUUUGAAAUGCACUUUAUAUAAUAAUAUUUAAUAAUUGAAUAAGAAUAUAAAUAGUGGCAUUCAAGUAUCUGAGUAAAUAAAUGUUUGUUAAUAAAUACAGUUAAUUGUUUUAUUGUUUGUAUUAAUAAAUAGUUAAUUUCAA